UUUGCAUUCCUGGCACCUCUUUGCUGUGCCCCACCAGGGGAAUUGGCAGAAUGGAGUGCAAAGCAUUCUGAGCCUUGCAGUCACAGGGGAAAGUCAGACUGAGUCAGUUUGGAAUCUCUUCUGCAGGAAAUAUUUUCCUGAGGAAGUCUCAGGAAAAUAAAUGCACAGAGAACAUAAAUGCAGCCAGAUAAGAUCACCUACAGAGCUGAGGCAAGUGCCUGGACAUUUACCUGCCUGUGCAUUAUGGAGGUACAAUACACCUUAUUCAACACAUUGUUUUAUUUACAGACAUCAUUUCCUUUCCUGAUUCCUGACAAGCAUGGCAGGAGCACACACGUGUCCCUGUACUGCUUCAAGCAAAGAUUUUGUUUUCAGGAGCUGUGACAAGCUCAGUGUGGUAUCUUACCCUUCCUAAAGGCUUUCUGAUUAAUGUAUUUAGCAAAUCAUUUGAAAGUAUAUGUGGUCUUGAGACACUAAAAUUAUCAUAUUUUCACCACUAUCAUCUUGUUUUUGCAAGGAAAAAUAAUACCACAUUGGAGAUUUUGAAACAUGAUACAUGAAUGCAUCUUAAGCAUAAAUGCCCUAGACCUAAAAUGAUGAUUUUUCUCUUUUUGUUGGUUAUAUCAUGGCUGGAAAUCAGUCUGGCCAAGUUCUUGUGUUUAAAACAAGCAAAUGUCCUGUAUUCAACAUAUCUCACAAGUAGUAGUGUGUAAUGAACAUAAAGCAAAUGCCAACAUGUGUUAGGUGUUUUUUCCCAAGAGUUAAAAAUGUGAGAAAGAGCACAUCAAAAAUUAUGAUGUACAAAAUUGUGGCUGUUUAAGCUAAAAAAAAUUCCAAGCAAACUAUUUUUAAGGAAAAGUAAACAUAACAACUUCUCAUAUUGAAAUGAAGCUCUUCCCUGUUUCUUCCAGUGUAUUUGUGAAACAAAAUGUCGAGCUCCUUGUUUUGGAAAGGUGAGAAAAAAAAAUCUACCCUACCCCUAAUAAUUUCCAGCACAGACUGAAAAGCAGAAUUACUGAGCUACAGUUUCUAGAUUUCCUCACUUUAUACAGCGAGCAAUGGGAAGAGGAACAACAACAGCAAAAUGUAAAAUUCUGAAAAAAACUUUGGAAAAGACAAUAGCCAAAAUUUCAAAUAUGGAUGGAGGCAGAAGCAGGUUUUAAUUGCACCAUUGUUAGAGAAAAACUGCAGAAAAUCUUGUCAGGUUGCAAUUCAUUGUCGUCUUGUCUGUCACCUUUUGUUGCCAGGCUCAGAAAUGAGGUAGUUAAGAGAAGUUUUUGCAUAACAGUUGUAAAAUAUUGUCACUAACCCACCCCCACACACCCAUUUUAUUUCACACUGACAAAAGCUGAGAUGAAUGAGUUGUCUGGCCCUUCCCACUUUGUAUAGUCAUUGGCUGGCUUGGUUCUAAAAGGGAUUUUAAAAAGGGGAAUAAUGUGCCUUUGCCCAGGAUCUGAGGCUGUCAGGGUGCUGAAAAGCUGAUCUGUGACCAUGCAGAUCCCUUGGGCUGUGUGUGCUGUCUGUGUCCUGACACAAAUCACACUUCACUCUGUGCAAGGCUGGCAGAUGUUUAAAAAUGAUGCUACAGAAAUCAUUCCUGAGAUCACUGAAAAUCCAGAAACGCCAAUGGAGCCGACUUUCAGCAACAACAACACCAUGAAUCAGGCAAAACAUGGAGGAAGACACAUACAGCAAACUCCAGACCUCAGCGAUGCCGCCUUCAGCUGCCGGGAGGUGCGCACCACGCGGUUCCUGACGGACGGGCCGUGCCGCAGCCUGAAGCCGGUGAAGGAGCUGCUGUGCUCGGGCCAGUGCGAGCCCUCGCACCUCCUGCCCAACUCCAUCGGCCGCGGCAAGUGGUGGCGGCAGAACGCGCUGGAUUUCCGCUGCAUCCCCGCGCACAGCCGCACCCAGCGCGUCCUCAUGGCCUGUCCCCAGCAGGAAACGCGGACUUACAAAUUCCGAGCGGCCACCUCCUGCAAGUGCAAGCGCUACACUCGCUACCACAACCAGUCCGAGCUCAAGGACUUCGGCAAGGACAGCGCCCGGCCCCAGAAGAACAAGAAGCCGCACCUGGCCAGAGCCAGGAGCGGUAAAUCCAACCAGCACGAGCUGGAAAAUGCGUAUUAGGAAGGAGGCGGCUCUGGGUGGGACGGACUGGCGCUGCGGAUGUUUGUUAAACCAUCAAAAGGCACUCAGAGGUCACAGCGUGAUGUUCUGACUGCAGUAGGUUCCAAUUCCUUCUGCUAAGCUGGGUCAAAGGCUCACAUAGGCAAAAAAUCGGUCAGGUUGUAGCACUUGCGGUGUGGUGAGAGAAUGGGGUAAAGGCGGCUGGAGGCACCUGUCACUGUAGGGCACGGAAAAACAUGACAGGGACACGCGGCUCUCUCAAGGCAAAAAGAGAAUUUUUCAUUCCUGAUUCCAGCAUUUAUAGAUUUCCAAAAGUGGCAGUGGAUUGGAGGGUGACAGUGCCACCUCUCCAAUGACACUGGACAAACCAACAGUCCAUCACAUUUCUCCUCCUCCAUAAAAGAAUGCAAAGCAAUGAGUUAUUUACAGAAAGUGUGUGAAAAAGUUCAUUACAAGAAUGUAAACAACAGAAGACUUAGAAAAUCUUACGAAAUCAGGGUGACAGGCACCCCUUGAGGUCCAUGGCAGUUUGUGUGUCCUGGACGAGCAGGGAGGCAAAGUGAAGCUGUUGUGGGGACAAUCACACUUUGCUUUAUUCCACUCAUUUAUGGGAAAAGAAUCCUGAGGUCCCUUCCCCAGACAAGGAUGCAGGACAGGGGUGCAAUUAGGGAAGCACCAGGACAGUCUCUGAAGGAGCCUUAGAAAGUUUGGGGCAGCAGGGAUUUCAAGUUCUGGUGGAUGAAGUCAAAUUGUUGGGAAAUGAACACAUGAUCAGAUGUCCUCAUGCACCAGUGUUUCCUCUCAAAUCAAAAUGUGACACUCAUAGAAGUAAAAGUGUGACAAAUCCAUUUAAAACUUUUAAUUAAAAGAUUAUGGGGUGGACAAAUUUAAAACUGAGAUUUGGUGACUAAAAUCAUGUUGAUUUAGGAACAAUGAUUUGCUUUAGGGACAAUUCAACAAAUUCUCCUAAGUGGAGCAGAUUUAUGAAGAAGAUGCUCCUCUCAAACCAGAUAACCUCACUGAUGUUUGUCCUGCAAACAGCUAACAUUAUUUAACAUAGAGUACAUAGAAUAUACUGAUUAUUCCUUAUUUGUAGAACACGUUUGACUUUAAUAUCAGCUUAGAUACAUCCAUUUACAUUUUCUGUUCUGUAGAGUUUGGAGUCUCUGGCCACACACUCUGUAGCACUAAGACUGUGCAAACCAAGCUCUGGGAGUAAGGUGCUGGUUCUGCAUUAAAAGUGAGCCUCUGCUAAGUCAUGGAUUCCUCUAGAAAAGUCUUUAGGACGUGCAGCUUUGAUAAGUCUUUAGUUUGGCAGCAACUUUCCUUUACUUAGCUUCUCAACACUCAGACUAAUGGUUGUGUUUUUACAUUAAAGGAUAUUGUUAGAAAGUGAAUUGUCACAUACUGUAUACAUCCUGUAGAAUUUAUGCUGGAAUAAUAUAAACUGUGGAAAUGUGAAAUGUUGAUAGAUUUUUCAGUUAUUUUAUGUGGGAUCAGAACCUAGAGAGAAAAGGUGUCAUUUCAGAGAGUGAAUUACGUAUUUAUUUUUUUCCAGAAAAUUAUUUAUGCAAUGUUUCAACUUGUAGAGAAUGAGAAGUAAUACUGCUUUAAAAAUAUUAGUCUGUUAUUUUUAAUUUUAAAUACAUUUUUAAUAAAGUAGAAACAAUGAUUAA